UUUGUUUUGUAACUACAUGUAGAGCUGUUCCCCUAAGCUUCCAUGCCAACCUCUCACAACAAUUUCUCUUGGGGACUUUAACAAAAUGGCCCAAGCUUCCAAGCUCAGUCAUGGCAUCCUCUCAUAGUUUCUCUGGGAUUUUUCCCAUCUCCAACUUCAACCAUCAACCUCAUCCCUCCAUAGCUCUCUCCAAAUCCUCCAUCAAACCAGCCAAAUCAAUCUCCAAAAUCAACCCUUCUAGUGUGGAAAACUCAGCCACAUUCAACCAUUCUUCGAUAAAGGAUACCAGAUUUCUUGGUAGAGGCUGUAACCUAACAUAUCAAGCUCCACGAUUAUCAGCAUCAUCAAAGUCAUUAGAGCAGAGUGAAGAUGAAAAACCUGCUUCUUCUUCUUGGAUUGAAUCGGUUUUUCCUGAAAAAGCUCGGCCUUAUGCCUACCUAGUCCGGUUGGACAAGCCGAUCGGCACGUUGUUAAUUGCAUGGCCAUGUAUGUGGUCACUAGCAUUCGCGGCGAACCCCGGCAGCCUUCCUGAUGUGAAGAUGUUGGCAUUCUUUUUCUUGGUGUCUUUCUUGACGAGAAACAUUGGAUGCACCAUUAACGAUUACCUUGAUAAGGAUUUCGAUGCACAGGUGGAGAGAACCAAAGGAAGGCCUCUGGCCUCUGGCUCAAUCACCGGAUUUCAAGCCCUUCGUUUCCUUGGCAUCCAAUUGCUAAUUGGUUAUGGAGUUCUUCUCCCAGUAAACGAACUAAGCCGUCUACUAUGGGCUUCAUCCUUACCGUUGAUCUUCAUUUACCCGCUUAUGAAGAGAAUAACAUACUGGCCUCAAGCCCUAUUGGGACUGGCUAUGAACUGGGGAGUAUUAUGCUCCUGGGCUGCUGUGAAAGGAAGUCUUGAUCCUACUAUUGUUUUCCCACUUCUUGUUGGAUGCUUCUUUUGGACUCUAGAGUAUGAUACAAUAUAUGCACAUCAGGAUAAAAAGGAUGACGUGAAAGCGGGUGUCAAAUCUACAGCUUUGCUAUUGGGCGAAUCAACAAAAUUGUGGUCUGCUAGUUUUGGAGCGGCAUCCAUUGCUUGUUUUGCUCUAGCCGGAUUGAAUGCUCAUAUUGGAUGGCCAUUUUAUGCAUUGCUAGUAGCUGCUUCCGGUCACAUAGCUUGGCAAAUUUGGGAUGUUGACCUAUCAAACCCGGCAGACAGUUUCAGAAAAUUUGCAUCAAAUAAAUGGUUUGGUGGAAUUGUCUUUAGUGCAAUCCUAUUCGGAAGAUUCCUUUCCUAGAGGCAAAGAAACUUGGUGUCAACUACUGCAAAAGGGAGAGUUGGAAAUGAUUAAAUUCAAUCAUCUUUUGAAAAUAUAAUGUUACAGAUAUAGUAAUGCUCCAAAAAACGCAUAACAACCUUGGGGACUGUGCUGGAUGAGGGAUUGAAUCCUCAACCAUUGGCAAUUGUAAUACACUAUCCCAUUAAUAGUGUCAUAUUUUAUUUUUCAAGAUGUGCAAUCAAAACAUUCCUAAUGAUUUUUAUAAUCUAAUAUCCCUUGCUUCCA